AUGCUACUGAAAUCCAUGUUUGAAGUAGCAGAUGAUCCAACGGAGCUGACCAUCUUAAAACCCGAAUUCUUCGUCGAAUUAGUCCAAAUCUUGAAGGAUAAGAUUUCUCAAAAAUCCUCAAAAUCCUCUCUGAAAAUUCUUACCAUUGUCUGUCCAUGGGGAAGAAAUAAGAUCAAAGCGGUGGAAGCAGGAGCAGUUUCGUCGUUAAUUGACCUUUUACUCGACACUUCAAACAAAAGGGCUUGUGAAAUGACGCUAACGGUGUUGGAUUUUCUAUGCCAAUGCGCAGAAGGAAGAGCAGAAUUAUUAAAGCACAGUGCAGGAUUGGCCAUUGUGUCGAAAAAAAUACUUAGGGUUUCACAAGUUGCAAGUGAAAGGGGAGUUAGAAUUUUACAUUCUAUUUCGAAAUUCUCUGCAACUCAUCGAGUUCUUCAAGAAAUGUUGCAGAUUGGUGCAGUAACAAAGCUGUCUCUUGUGCUUCAAGUUAAUUGUGGAACCAAAACAAUGGAGACAGCUGGAGCCAUACUUAAACUGCAUGCAAGAUCAUGGAAGAGCUCUCCAUGUGUGCCCAUGGGGUUGUUUGAUUCUUAUCUAUCUAGAUUUAGUAAUGGAAUUGGGGGAUAG